UUUCAGAAUCACAAUUCUGUCAAUCUCACCCUCCCAAAUCCGAGUGAUUUUGGUUACUUUUUAAAAGAAGAACCAAUCAUGGAGCUGGAGCCUGAAGAGGUAGGUCAGCAGGUCAUGUCAGAGGCAAGUACUGUGGAAGAAGGGCCAGCAUUGGACAUUAUGGGGCAGCAGACCCCAUCUUUAGGGCAAUAUUUCAGAAGGAGGCUUCAGUAGGUCUCCCAGAAAUGGAAGCGGGUCCUGAUGAAGGUCAGAAUAGUGUGGCAUUAAAAAAACAGCCAUUGAGGAAGGGAGUUAAAAACCCAGAAGAAACAAGAUCAUCACCAAAUCAAGACCAUCAAGGGAAGAGCCAUUGUCCCGGUGUGCUACUCCAGGGGACGUGUUACCAGUUGUUCACAGGGCCAAAGACGGCCUCGGAUGCGGAGUUCUUCUGCCAGGAGCAUUUCACCGCGGGACACUUGGCCUCCAUCACGAGCCAACGCAGCCACAGAGAGGUGAUGGACAUGAUACUGCAGCAAAACAGAAUCCUCACUCGCACCUGGAUCGGAGGAUUGCGAUAUUUAAAGACCGGGCGCUUUAUCUGGUUGGAUGGAUCCCACUGGGGCCACGCUGAUUGGCUGCAAUGGGAGCCCAAUAACACGUCCAAUCGUGAGGACUGUGUGGAAUUGCUGCCACAAGGAAAUGGAAAGUUCAAUGAAUUGACUGCUUCUUUGUCCAAUUUGAUGCAGAUUGACUGA